AUGGCCAACUUCUUCAAAGCUCUGGCUGGUCCAGGCUAUGUGAUUCUCAAUGUCAUUCGAGGUAUCAACAUAAUCGUCUUCCUCGAUACCAUCGCUGCAGGCGUGGUGAUGCUCAUCAAAAUCUCCAUGAACAACAAUUUCUUCUUCUUUGAGGCCGUCAGCCAUGCCAUCACGGUCAUAAUAAGUAUCUUCCUCAUCGUCACGGAACUGCCAGUCUUCGAAGACUUUUUCAUCCGCUUUGCUCCCCAGCUUAGUAAAUCUGCCACCUUUGUGCCUCUAGCACUGAUUAUGAUUGUCAUGGGUGUUUCUCUGCUUGGGAACCUGAACAACAAUGAUUACAGCGUGGAUAACAUGGGACUCCCAUCUUGGAGAGUGGUUGCGUCUGCUGGAAUCAUGGCGAUGACUAUGGGAAUCUUGAAUUUCAUGGCAAGCUUCGUCUUCGCAGACACCGAACGCUCCCUAACAGCCCGUCACGUCCGCUCUCACGGCGCCGUAGCCGACAAAGUCGUCGACUCCAACAGCAGUCAAAGAUCCUUCAAGUUGAACACCGGCCAAGAUGGCUUGCCUACAUACCGCCAGGCCAGCGUUACGCGCUCAGCAGAACAACGAAGCGUGCCUCGGUUUCCACUGAAAGUCACCAUUUCUUCUUCAAGUGAAAAAACGGCUACUGCCACCGACCCCGUUUCCAGUAGCGACGUGACGAGGCCUGAUCUUGCUCAUCAUCCUGCUAUGCAAGCAGCAAAUUUUGUUUAA